UUCGCCCACAGAAGUAAAUCAAGAGCCAGCAUGGUUGAGUGGACCGACCAGGAGCGCAGCCUCAUCAAUGGCAUCUUCGCCAACCUGAACUACGAGGAUAUCGGCCCCAAGGCCCUGGUCAGGUGUCUGGUCGUUUACCCUUGGACUCAGCGUUACUUUGGCGCUUUUGGCAACCUGUACAACGCCGACGCCAUCAGGACCAACGAACAGAUCGCCGCUCAUGGAAUCAAGAUCCUGCACGGUCUGGACAGGGCUGUCAAGAACAUGGACGACAUCAAGAACACCUACGCCACCCUGAGCGAGCUGCACUCCGAGAAGCUGCACGUCGACCCCGACAACUUCAGGCUGCUGGCUGACUGCCUCACCAUUGUCAUCGCCGCCAAGCUCGGAAAGGACUUCACCCCCGACCUGCAGGCCGCCUGGCAGAAGUUCCUGGCUGUGGUUGUGUCCGCUCUGGGCCGCCAGUACCACUAGAGCCAUUCGCCCCCAGGCCUGAGGGACCACAGGAGAUUCAACUUGUGUCUUCAUGUGUGUUUCUACUGAAUAAAAAAAUGCACUGA